GAGACUAAACCAAGUGCUUUCAGUGCGGGGAGAUCACCGCGACGCUUGAGACGUCAGACAGUUACGUUCCUGACAAUUAUCCGGUGUUUCACAACAUCACAACUGGUUUGAAUUUUUUUUUUUUUUUUUUUCUUGUUUAUUUUUAUUUUUAUUUUUUUUGCUAUUAUUGUUUAUUAUAUAUUAUAUUUUUAAUUAUUAAAUUUUGUAGUUUUUUGAGCAAUUUUUUAUGUGAUUUUAAUUUUUUUAAAUAUUAUUUCAACCGUCGGAAAAUAGUCGCUCGUGAGAGAUCUCAAGUUGCAAAUUGCCUCCUGAAUACUUGGUGACAAGUGAAGCAUCAUUAGCCGCACGCAAAAAAAAAACAUUUUGUAUAUAAAUAUACAUAAAAAAUAUAAUAAUAAUUAUAAAUAGAAUAAAAAAAAAUAAAUUAAUUUAAAAUCAUUAGCUCAGUAAAAAAUAAUUAAGCAUAAUGGAAAAAAAAUAAAAUAAAUAAAUAAAAGAGUUAGGGGUUGAAUUAUUAAUAGUCGAGUUGUAAAUUUAUAAUAAAAUUAUUGAUUAAAAAUCGAUGGCCAUCAGUGAGGAUGGGUGGUCUUGGAUUUAGAACGAGAAAUAGCCCCUCCCAAAAAACAUCAUUGAGGUGGGGCGAUUGUUGUUCGAAAAAUUUAAAUCAACCUGUAUCAUCACCCAUUUUAAAGGGUCAUCUACAAAAUAUGCCACCUGUAUCGGUUUGAGGAUGUCCCCCGCUGUUGCGUGAUUGUACCCCACGGGGUCUUCAGAGGCUACCAAACGUAAAUAAAUAUGAUCGUAUCCAAGAUAUUUUAUCAGACUUGAAUAACAAUAAUAAAUUUGGAUCAACACCAAUUGAUUUAUCAUCAUCAACAAAAAUGAUAAAUAUUGCUGGUUUUUUAUCAAUCGUAAUUUUUUACAUUGCAAUUCUUGGUGUUGGUAUAUGGGCAGCUAAAAAAAAAAGAAGCAACAAUAAUUCUGAUGAAGAAGUUAUGCUUGCUGGACGUUCAAUUGGUUUAUUUUUUGGUAUAUUCACUAUGACUGCAACUUGGUUUGGUGGUGGAUAUAUCAAUGGUACUGCUGAAAUAAUUUAUACCAAGGGUCUUGUUUGGUGUCAAGCUCCGUUUGGUUAUGCACUGAGUCUCGUCUUCGGGGGUAUAUUUUUUGCCAACAAAAUGCGACAGCAGGGGUACAUGACAAUGCUGGAUCCACUUCAAGAUGCAUUUGGUGAAAGAAUGGGUGGUUUAUUAUUUUUACCAGCCCUAUUUGGUGAAAUUUUUUGGGCUGCUGGUAUAAUUUCUGCACUUGGUGCAACAAUAUCAAUCAUCAUUGAUAUGGAACAAAGUCAUUCAAUUAUUUUUAGUGCAUUUAUUGCUGUUUUUCAUACAUUAUUUGGUGGUUCAUAUGCUGUUGCUUAUACUGAUGUUAUUCAACUUGCUUGUAUUUUCAUUGGACUGUGGCUGUGUAUUCCAUUUGCCUGGAUGAACACCAAAGUCCAUCCUUUAAAUUCACUGGAAAUUGACUGGAUCGGUACAAUCCAACCGAAAGAAUACUGGACAUACAUUGACAAUGCUUUACUAUUAAUAUUCGGUGGUAUACCAUGGCAAAUAUAUUUUCAACAUAUUCUAUCAUCAAAGACAUCUAUCCAAGCACAGCUAUUAAGUUACAUUGCUGCAUUUUUUUGUAUUAUUAUGGCAAUACCAGCUGUACUAAUUGGUGCAAUUGCAAAAUCAACUGCAUGGAAUGAGACUAACUAUGUGGGAUCUUGGCCAAUUGAAAAUAAUCAAACAAGUAUUAUAUUACCAAUGGUUUUACAAAAUUUAACACCAAAUGUUAUUUCAUUUUUUGGUCUUGGUGCUGUAUCAGCAGCUGUUAUGUCAUCAGCUGAUAGUUGUAUGUUAUCAGCAAGUUCAAUGUUUGCACGUAAUAUUUACAAGCUAAUAUUUCGACAAAGGGCAACUGAAAUGGAAAUAAUCUGGGUGAUACGUGUUGGAAUUUGUAUUGUUGGUAUGUCAAGUACAAUAAUUGCCCUGAAAAUACAAUCAGUAUAUGGAUUAUGGUCACUGUGUUCUGAUCUUGUCUACGUUAUAUUAUUUCCUCAAUUAUUAAUGGUUGUUUAUUUUAAAAAUUAUUGCAAUACAUAUGGAAGUUUGUCAGCAUAUAUUAUUGCAUUUGUAAUUAGAUUGAGUGGUGGCGAAAAUAUAAUUGGUCUUCCAGCGUAUAUACAUUAUCCUGGUUAUGAUAAAAUAAAUAAUAUACAAUUAUUUCCAUAUAAAACAAUGGCAAUGUUGAUAUCAUUGUUGACAUUAAUUGUAAUAUCAUACUGGACAAAUAAUAUAUUUAUAAAUGGUAAAUUAUCACCGUAUUAUGAUGUAUUUAGGUGUGUUAUUAAUAUACCUGAAAAUGUACAAAUAGUUGGAUAUAAUCCAGCUGAUAAAGAUGAACAAAUGGCUGUUCUUGCUGGUGGAGUUGGUAAAAUUUAUGGCAGUAAGAAUAAAGCUAACGGUUGUGUUGAUAAAAAAACACUUGAACCGGACAAUGACAUGAAAUCAGAUACAAUUGAAUUAAUAUCAAAUGAUUGCUAUGAUGGUAAUGAUGAUUUUUUGGAAUCAAGUAAUAAUCAAUAUUUAUCAUCAUGUAAAACACAAUUAAAUACGGUCUUUUGAAUAAUUAUUUUUUCAUUAAUGUCUGGUUUCAUGAUCACUAGCUGUGACCAACAAUAAAUAAGGUGAUGUGGAUGUUGUCUUUUUUUAAUUUAUCAUUUAGUACUUAGCUUUAAUUUAAAAAUACUCGAUUUUAAAUAAUAUUUUGUAUCUUUUUUUCAACUGAUUUAUUCUAUUUUCAAUUUUAAAAAAUAAUGAAAUUUAUAUUUAUUUAUAAUUGUCAAUUUUUUAAAAUCUUAUUGUGCCAUUUUUUUCGAAUGUUUAUUUUAAUUUUUUUAAAGAUUUUUUAGACAGAUAUGUAGUUGAAUGCAUUUAGUAUUUAAAAUUAAUUUUUUUAUUUUAUUAUUUUUUUGAGGUAUUAGACUUUACAUUGUUUCAAUUUUUGUAUGUUGAUAAUCAAUUGAAAUAAUUUUUUUUAAUUUAUAAGUAUUGUGAUUUUUAAUUUAGAUUUCUUCCAUUUUUAUUAUUCAUUUUUAGUAAUUUUUUCUUUGAGAUACUCUGCAUCACCAACCUUAGACUUAAGAAUUUUGUUGAUUUAAAUUUCUUCCAAAUUAUAUAAUCACUCGUGUGAUAAUGUUGAAAAUUAAAAAUUUUAUUUAUAUACAUAUUUCAAUAGUUUUAUUGAUAUUCAAAUAUAAUAAAUUGAUGUUGAAAUUUUUAGCAAGUUAUGUUUUUUUAGUUAAAUUUAAUUUUCUAAUGUUUAUAGAAUAUUUAAAAAUAUAAAAAAAAAGAUAAAUUUAUUUAUUGAUGUUGAAAAUUGUUGUGUUUAUUUAUAUAGUUUAUAAAUUAUUAAAAAACGUUGUUUAUACAAAUUAAUUUCAUCAAAUUUUUAGAUUAAUAUUGAAUUUUUAUCUUUUUAAUAAUUUUUUUUUUAUUAAGCUUAUUUAAAAAAAUCAAAUUUUACUUUUUAAUUCAAUUUUUAUUCUCAAAUUAUUCAAAAUUAAAUUUCUAUUUAUUUAUUAACUUUAUAUUAUCAAUAUUUUUCAAUUACUGUCCGUCAAAAUUUCUAGAUAUUCUAAUUUUGCAAAAUAAAAAAAAAAAAAAUAAUAAUAAUUAAAAUUUAUAUUCAACAACAAUAACUGAAUAAAAUAAAAAGAAAAAUAAUAGUAGAGACAAUUAUAAAGACAAUGGAAUAGUAAGAAAAAAAUUUGAAAAUAAAAAAAUAGUCAUAUUUUAAAUAAUAAGAAAGGAAAUACAGGAAGAGUAUGAGAAUUAAUAAUUUUAAUAUUCUCGCUCAUUAAAUUAAUAAAAUAACCACAGACUGAGGACAAAGUGAAACUUUAAAAAGUAAUUCGUCCACAGUCUCGUAUUUUUGUAAAAAAAAAAAAGAAUUAAUUAAUUAAAAAAAAAAUAUUAAAAAAUCCAUAAAAACUAUAUUUUAGUUUUAAUCAAAAGACAUUGAUUCGACGAAACUUUCACUGUAUCAGACAUUAUGUCACCCGUCUGUCAUUGUCAAUAUAAAAAAAAAAUAAUUAAUACUAAAAAUGCCAUCUCUGAAUUCAUUAAAUUUAUUAAUUGCAAUUAAAUGUUUAUGAAAGUUUUUUGUUUAAU